AUGGCGAUUAAAGUGGUAGUUCAUGUGCUGACGACGUAUAUAGCCGUAGUUAGCGUGUUCUGCUUCUGGGAUAAGGAGUACUUUUGGGGGAUCUUCUUCGCUAUAGGCGCUGUGCUGCAAUUCGUAUACGCCAUUGCGGUGGUGGAUAGAAUUGCGUACACCUUGCUGGUUGUGCGUAGAGCUCUGGGAUUGGCCCAGGGCUUCCCGCUGCUGAUCCUCUUCGCCCCCUCCCCUCACCCGCGCCUUCUCCCCCCCCGCUUCCUCCCCCUCCUCCCCUUACCUCCCCCCCUCCCCCCCAUCCCCACCAGAAUUGCGUACACCAUGUUGGUUGUGCGUAGAGCUCUGGGAUUCGCCAGGGGUUUCCCGCUGCUGAUCCUCUUCGCCCACGUGGCAGCGCUGCUUCUUGCCACGUGGAUGGGCGUGUGGACGUUCGGAGUGUCAGGGAUCAUGGCGCAGGACCAAGCGAAGCUGGAACGGUGGUGGAUUCUACUGCUCUUCGCGAUGAGCAUAUUCUGGACGGCGGCGGUUGUCUGCAACAUGGUGCACGUGGUGACAGCUGGCGUGAUGUCAGCGUGGUUCGCCGCCAGCUCAGCAGAGCAGAACGCCAGCUCAGCAGCAGCGGGCGAGGCGGCUUCCGCAGCGGAGGAGGGACGGGGAGGUGCGGCGGUGCCACCUCAGCAGUUCCAGUUGGCGCCAGGGCGUGUCACUCUGGAGGCCACGUGGCAUGCUCUGAUUGGCCUUGGGAGCAUUUGCUACGGAUCGCUUUUCAGCCCUCCGAUUCACGUGAUGCGAUGGAUGAUCCGGGGCGUGCGAGCGUGGUGCAUAGCCAACGAGUGCUUCUUCUUUAUCAUCAACCUCGCAUUCAACUUCAUCGAGGCUCUCACGCGGGCCUUCAAUGCUUUCGGCUUUGUCACGGAGUUUCAAUCGCUCCUCAGUCGAUGCAUGGGAGCUGUUCCAAUCCACAGGCGUGGAGGCAUUCAUAGCAUACAACCUAUCAGGAGCCGUGCUGCUUAUCGCCGUGAUGCUGCUGCUGCUGCUGCUGCUGCUGCUGCUGCUGCUGCUGCUGCUGCUGCUGCUGCUGCUGCUGCUGCUGCUGCUGCUGCUGCUGCUGCUGCUGCUGCUGCUGCUGCUGCUGCUGCUGCUGCUGCUGCUGCUGCUGCUGCUGCUGCUGCUGCUGCUGCUGCUGCUGCUGCUGCUGCUGCUGCUGCUGCUGCUGCUGCUGCUGCUGCUGCUGCUGCUGCUGCUGCUGCUGCUGCUGCUGCUGCUGCUGCUGCUGCUGCUGCUGCUGCUGCUGCUGCUGCUGCUGCUGCUGCUGCUGCUGCUGCUGCUGCUGCUGCUGCUGCUGCUGCUGCUGCUGCUGCUGCUGCUGCUGCUGCUGCUGCUGCUGCUGCUGCUGCUGCUGCUGCUGCUGCUGCUGCUGCUGCUGCUGCUGCUGCUGCUGCUGCUGCUGCUGCUGCUGCUGCUGCUGCUGCUGCUGCUGCUGCUGCUGCUGCUGCUGCUGCUGCUGCUGCUGCUGCUGCUGCUGCUGCUGCUGCUGCUGCUGCUGCUGCUGCUGCUGCCGCUGCCCCUGCUGCUUUUGCUGCUGUUAACGCCACAUUCUCUUCCCCCCCCCCCUGCACCCCCUUCCUGCCCGCCCUCCAUUCCCUCCGCCCCUCAGCUGGCAAUGUAUGGGAGGAGUUUCAACCGGUCAUCCGUCGAUGCAUGGGAGCUGUUUCAGUCGACAGGCGUGGAGGCAGUGAUAGCAUACGACCUCUCAGGAGCAGUGCUGCUGAUGGCUGUGAUGCUGGCGGCGAUGGUGGCAGGGACGGCAGCGGGCGUGUGGGGAUGGUUCGUGGCUCAAGAGCUGGUGGUGGUGAUUGGAGCGAUGGGGAUCGUCACAGGAGCAGCAAUGGUGGGUGCUGGUUUACUUGGAGGUGGAGUGUGGUGGUGAGUGGUUCUAUCUGUGUGGGUGUAACUCUGGGCGUGUGGGGAUGGUUCGUGGCUCAAGAGCUGGUGGUGGUGGUUGGAGCGAUGGGGAUCGUCACAGGAGCAGCAAUGGCGGGUGUGGUGCUAUCGGUGGUGGAGGGGGCAGCGGGUGUGGUGCUAUCGGUGGUGGAGGGGGCAGUCACAGCGACCUACGUCACAGUAGCAGAGGCGCCCCACUCUGAUCUCUACCCUUCCUUCCCCCACCCACCAAUACCCCAUCUCUAUGCAUUCCUACAGGCGGGUGGGGUGUUGUCAGUGGUGGAGGGAGCAGUCACAGCGACCUACGUCACAGUAGCAGAGGACCCCACUCUGAUUGGCUGCGCGGGUGUGGUGCUAUCGGUGGUGGAGGGAGCAGUCACAGCGACCUACGUCACAGCAGCAGAGGACCCCACUCUGAUUGGCUGCGUCGACGCCGAGUUUGCCGCCCAGUUACUCGACACGCUACACCAGCGGUUACAGCACCGCAGCGGCAAGCCGCUGCCGCCCAGCCUGGCUUCAGAUGGUCUUGUUGGGGGGGUGCCGGCAACAUGA